UGCUGUCGGGUUCAGUGGGUAUUGUAAAAGCACAGAGCUGCGGAACAACGUGGAGAAUUACUGUUUACUUCUGAGCAGGCUUUGAGAAGCGGACGCCUCAUGGAGCUCAUCUCAUGACUGCUGACCCGAGGAAGAGCCUCUGUACAGCGCGAAGCUCUUGAUAAAGCUGUGAACCGCUAACAGUGCUGGGGUUGUGUGAACUGAAGGGCCCAGGCAAGCAGCGGAUCACCGAAGAUCCUCCAGACCAGGCUUGAGCUCUGUCUCUAUCAGCGGGAGCAUGUCUCAAACCGGAGCUCCUCCGCGAUGGAAGAACUGUCCCAGAAGAGGACAACCUGUGGCUGGCAAAUUUCUGCCCAUGAAAACCAUGCUUGGACCACGCUAUGAUGAUAAAGUCCCGGAGGAGAACAGGUUUCAUCCCAGCAUGCUGUCCAACUAUCUCAAAAGCUUAAAGGUGAAGAUGGGUUUGCUGGUGGACCUGACGAACACCAGCCGCUUCUAUGAUCGAGCAGAGAUAGAAAAAGAAGGAAUCAAAUACGUGAAACUUGCCUGCAAAGGUCACGCCGAAUGUCCCGCAGUAGAGACGACAGAGAUGUUCAUCAGGCUGUGCGAGCACUUCAUAGAGAAGACGCCCACAGAGCUCAUCGGCGUUCACUGCACGCAUGGCUUCAACCGCACCGGCUUUUUAAUGUGUGCCUACCUGGUGGAGAAAAUGGACUGGAGUAUCGAGGCCGCUGUGGCAGCGUUCGCUCAGGCUCGACCCCCGGGCAUCUAUAAAGCCGACUAUCUGAAGGAGCUCUUCCGCCGCUACGGGGACGUGGAGGACGCGCCGCCCGCCCCUGCUCUCCCCGAAUGGUGCUUCGAUGACGAGGAGGAGGAUGAAGAUGUGGACGAUGAUGGGACUGCCAUCGCUCAGGGCUCCGAGCCCAGCUCCUCUCACUCCAGUCAGGGCAAGAAGAAGAAAGAACGGCUAAAACUGUGUCCCGCGUAUCAGCGUCCUUUCCUUCUGAGUGUGCAGAUAUCGGGGUUUCCUGGUGCUCAGCCCGUAUCGAUGGACCGCAGGAACAUUCGUCUGUUGGAGAAGAACGUUUAUAAAGUCAGCUGGAAAGCAGACGGCACGCGGUACAUGAUGUUGAUAGAUGGAAAAGACGAAGUCUAUAUGAUUGACAGAGACAAUUCGGUCUUUCACAUAGCCAACCUGGAGUUUCCUUUCCGGAAGGAUCUUCGCAUCCACCUUUCCAACACGCUUCUGGAUGGGGAAAUGAUUAUCGACAAAGUGAAUGGGCAGCCCGUCCCGCGAUACCUCAUCUAUGACAUCAUUAAAUUUAACGGUCAGCCUGUGGGUCAGUGUGACUUCAACAGACGUCUGCUGUGUAUCGAGAAGGAGAUCAUCUCCCCACGAUUCGAGAAAAUGAGGCUGGGCCAGAUUGAUAAAUCCAAGGAGCCCUUCAGCGUCAGGAACAAGCCUUUCUUCGACAUCCACGCUGCGCGCAAGCUCCUGGAGGGCAGUUUCACCUCGCAGGUCAGCCAUGAAGUCGAUGGUCUUAUCUUCCAGCCUAUAGGGAAAUAUAAGCCGGGCAGAUGUGAUGACAUUCUGAAGUGGAAGCCGCCCAGCCACAACUCGGUCGAUUUCAGACUCAAGAUCACCAAAGUCGGCGGGGAGGGACUGAUCCCGCAGACGGUGGGUCUCCUGUUCGUGGGGAGCUAUGACAUGCCCUUUGCACAAAUGAAGAUAACAAAGGACCUGAAGCAGUAUGAUAAUAAAAUAAUUGAGUGCACGUUCGUCAAUAACACCUGGGUGUUCAUGCGACAGAGGACGGACAAGAGCUUCCCCAACUCAUAUGACACAGCCAUGGCUGUGUGCAACAGUAUCCAGCAUCCCGUCACAAAGGAAAUUCUCUUUGAGUUUUUGGACCGGUGCGCCCAAGCGCAGUCCCGCAAACACCCAGUCGACUCUAAGCUCAUGCCACCGCCUCCACCAAAGAGAGCGAACCUCACCGUCCCGCAGUAGCGCAGUGCCGCCGGAGCAGAAUGCAAGCAGUUUGAUUCAUUUUUUUUUUAUUCCCAAAAUGUUCAGCAGCUCUGCACACCGCAAGAGAAGAGACUUCUGGAGAACAUUUUGCUUUUUGGCCUCACUUUGGCUUCUGUUCUUGAAGUUGUUGAUGAUCUAUUUAAAGACACUGCUAUGAGAGCUUGUUUGAACAUUGAGUGCUGAGGUGCAUUCUUAUUUAAAAUAAUAAAAAUAAAAAUGAAUUGCAUUGUUUUCUUUUUUUAUGUUUUGUAUUUGUUACGGUCGCUUCACCUCUCUUUGUUUUUCAGUUGCUUUUUUUACUAAACAGAACAGUAUAGUGUGCUAGACUGUCUAGAUUUAGACCUAACCAUGAAACACUGAAACAAGUCCCGUGGAAUUUCACCAGAUCUGGACUAAUCUAAACACUGAUAGGCGGUGUGCCUCAUAUGAUGGUGUUUGUUAGGUUCGAGUGUUUUGUAUGUCAUUAUGCUGAUUUGAAAAUGUUGCCCCAACCCUUUUUUCUCAGGUUUUUUUUUCUUAAAAAAUGCCAGGUGUAUUUAAGUUUUCCUGGAUCUUUUGGCUCAAUGUUUUUUUUUUUGGGGGGGGGAAUGAAAAGCAAUAAUUCCAAAAUAAAGAUUGCCAGC